GGCCUCAGGUGUGACAGUAUCUGACUUGGUCAUUAAAAUAUUCAAUGCUAUGAAACUGCACAAAACGUUAGAAGAUAAAAGCAAGCGUAUUAAGGCAAUCCUGUUUUGCAUGAGUGAUGACAAGAAAACUAUCAUCCCAGAAGAGGGCAAGGAGAUCUUAGUUGGAGAUGUCCAUCAUGCUUGUGACCCUUACAAGCACUUUGUGGAAAUGCUACCACCAAAUGACUGCCGAUAUGCUCUCUAUGACUGCUGCUAUGAAACAAAGGAGAGCAAGAAAGAAGAGCUAAUCUUUGUAUUCUGGGCUCCUGAAUCUGCUCCAUUGAAAAGUAAAAUGAUAUAUGCCUGUUCUAAAGAUGCAAUCAAGAAGAAAUUUACAGGCAUCAAACACGAAUAUCAGGUAAACUGCCUUGCUGAAAUAAAGGAUCGUAGUUGCCUUGCUGAAAGACUUGGAGGUAGCAACAGCUGUGUAACCUCUGUGGAAGGAUUCCCCUUGUGA